AUGACAAUUAGUUUAUUGUUUCGGAUUAUUAGAGCAUCAGCAUCAUUAGAAUUGGGUGUCGGAGAGUGUUCCAACGUAAUAAAAAAGAGGAAUGCAAUGUUAAGGAAUGGAAUCGGAUCAUUGGAGGCGGAAUUGGCUAUGGAUGAGUCAAUUGUAAAACAGGUUAAUCAAAAAAUCAAUGUAGUGAAUGGAAUAAUCGAGGUGCUUAAUGUAGCUAAGCUUUGCUUGGGAGAAGAUACUCGUAUGGGUUUGUAUGGUAUAUUGAAUCAAACAGAGAUUGAUGACUUGAUUAAGAUUAAAACCAAUGGUAGUACUUAUGAAAAUAAGCUGAUGAGCGAAUCAUUUAUGAGGAAAUGUUCUAUAAAAUCAUGGUGUGAGUAUGUAUUAAGUACUAGGGGUGGUUUGAUUUCCAUGCUUUCCAUUAGAGAGAACCUGAAGAAGGAAUCAUUUGAAAGGAUACGGCAAUACAAGAAUGAAAUACAAUUUAAUGAAACAGAGCUAACUGAAUUUAUUUAUACUGGAAAUGUGCAUAAAUAUUAA